AUGCUCUAUGGCCUUGAUCCCUCUUUGUAUUUGUGUCUUCACUGUCGUGGCCAAUCAACUUAUCAAUCUAUCCUCUAUGGACGUAAACGAGCCGACUCCGAACAAUAUCUAAGGCUACUAUCAACGUAUGCACUAAGUAGCGUUAUUUAUUUAAAUGACAACGCAUCAGAUUAA